CACGCCAAACUGGGCGGAGAGUCUGCUGGCCUGUCUUCUUUGCACGUCUGGGCGGCGGCGGCGGCAACUGGGGACGGGGCGGGUGGCGCAUCACGGGCGCGGAGGCAGGAGGAGCAGCCUCAUUGUUCCGGGAGCCGUCACCACUGCAGGUCCCUCUCUUGGUCGGCCCGACCCCUUCGUCCUCCCCAACCCCCACAACAGCCCGCAGAUCUGAGGAGAAGCAGCCCCGCGGCGGCAGCAGCUGCAGCAUCCUCUCCGACCCGCCAGCCAUGGAAGACCUGGACCAGUCGCCUCUGGUCUCCUCGUCCUCCACCGACAGCCCGCCCCGGCCGCAGCCCGCGUUCAAGUACCAGUUCGUAAGGGAGCCCGAGGACGAGGAGGACGAGGAGGAAGAGGAGGACGAGGAGGAGGACGAGGACCUGGAGGAGCUGGAGGUGCUGGAGAGGAAGCCCGCCACUGGGCUGUCCGCGGCCCCGGUGCCCCCUGUCCCCGCAGCCACCUCCGCCGCCGCACCCCUGCUGGACUUCGGGAAUGAUUACGUGCCCCCGGCACCCCGGGGCCCCCUGCCGGCUGCGCCCCCAGCCGUCCCCGAGCGGCCGCCGUCUUGGGACCGGAGCCCCGCGCCGCCGUCGGUGCCCGCGCCAUCCCUUCCGUCCGCCGCCGCAGUCCCGCCCUCCAAACUCCCCGAGGACGACGACGAGCCUCCGGCACGGCCUCCCCCGCCGCCCCCGGCCGGCAUGAGCCCUGAGCCCGCGUGGACCCCGCUCGCCCCAGCGCCCGCCGCGCCCCCCGCGCCGCCCUCCACCCCGGCCGCGCCCAAGCGCAGGGGCUCCGUGGAUGAGACCCUUUUUGCUCUUCCUGCUGCAUCUGAGCCUGUGAUACACUCCUCUGCAGAAAAAAUUAUGGACUUGAAGGAGCAGCCAGGUAACACUGUUUCGGCUGGUCAAGAAGAUUUCCCAUCUGUCCUGCUUGAAACUGCUGCUUCUCUUCCUUCUCUAUCUCCUUUCUCAGCUGAUUCUUUUAAAGAACGUGAAUACUUUGGUAACUUACCAGCAGUAUCACCCAUAGAAGGAACACCUCGAGAAACUUUAAAUGAAGCUUCUAAAGAGUUUGACAAGGCAAAAAACCCAUUUGUAGAUAGAGAUUUAGCUCAGUUUUCAGAAUUAGAAUACUCAGAAAUGGGAUCACCAUUCAGCAGUGCUCCAAAAGCAGAGUCUGCCAUACUACUAGAAAACCCUAGGGAAGAAAUAAUUGUCAAGAGAAAAGAUGGAGAAGAUUUGGCUAGUAGCAUUAUCCUUCAUGACCAACAAGAAGCACCUAUAACUAAAGAAGAUAAAGUUUCAUAUUCAGAAAGAACAAAGGACAGUUUUAAUGAAAUGGGAGUUGCAGUAGAAUCACCUAUACGGGAGGAAUAUGCAGACUUCAAACCAUUUGAGCGAGUUUCAGAAAUGAAAGAUACUUUUAAGGGAGACAGUGAUGUUUUGGCUGCUAGAGUUAAUGUAGAAAGCAAGUUGGAAAGUAGAGAGGAUGAGAAAGGUUUGGCAGAUAGCCUUGAGGAAGCAAGUCCUGAAAAAGAUAGUGAAAGCAGUAAUGAUGACGCUUCUUUUCCAAGUACACCAGAAGGUGUGAAAGGUGGCUCACAAGGAUAUAUUACAUGUGCUCCCUUUAACCCCACUACUGAGAGCAUUGCACCAAACACUUUCCCUCUGUUAGAAGAUCGUACUUCAGAAAAUAAGACUGAUGAAAAAAAAAUAGAAGAAAAGAAGGCUCUAACUGUAACAGAGAAGACAGCUAGCAUCAAAACAGCAAACCCUUUUCUCGUAGCCAUGCAGGAUUAUGAGACAGAUUAUGUUACAACAGACCAUUUGUCAAAGAUGAAUGAGGCAGUAGUGGCAAACAUGCCUGAAGGUCUAACCCCAGAUCUAGUACAGGAAGCCUGUGAAAGUGAAUUAAAUGAGGCCACAGGAACAAAGAUGGUGUAUGAAACAAAAAUGGACUUGGUGCAAACAUCUGAAACGGGGCAGGAGUCACUCUACCCUGCAGCACAGCUUUGCCCAUCAUUUGAAGACUCUGAAGCAACUCCUUCACCGGUUUUGCCUGACAUUGUUAUGGAAGCACCAUUAAGUUCUCUGCUUCCUAGUGCUGGUGCUUCUGUGGUGCAGUGCAGCUCAUCACCAUUAGAAGCUCUGCCCUCUGUUAAUUAUGACAGUACCAAGCUUGAGCCUGAAAAUCCUCCACCAUAUGAAGAAGCCAUACAUGUCCCACUGAAAAAAGUGGAAGAAAUUAAACAGCCUGAAGUUAAUGCAGCUGUUCAGGAGGCAGAUGCUCCUUACAUAUCUAUUGCAUGUGAUUUAAUUAAAGAAACAAAGCUUUCCACGGAACCAAGUCCAGCCUUUCCUACUUAUUCAGAAAUGGCAAACGUGGAAAAGCCAGUGCCCGAGCAUUCUGAGCUACUGGAGGAUUCAUCACCUGAUUCUGAACCAGUUGACUUAUUUAGUGAUGAUUCAAUUCCCGAAGUUCCUCAGAAAGUUGAGGAAGCAGUGAUGCUCAUGAAAGAAAGCUUCACUGAAGCCUCAUCUGAAUCAGUAAUAGAAAGUCGACAAAAGGAAAACCUUAGUGCUUCACUAUCUGAGGGGGGAAAGCCGUAUUUGGAGUCUUUCCAGCCAAAUUUCCAUCCCACAAAAGAUGAUCUAUCUCCUGAUGAAGUUUCCACAUUAAACAAAAAGAGGAAAAUUCCUUUACAAAUAGGAGAGCUCAAUACUGCAGUUUAUUCCAGUGAUGACUUACUUACUUCUCAGGAAGAAAAAUUAAGAGAAAGUGAAACAUUUUCAGAUUCCUCUCCAAUUGAAAUUAUAGAUGAAUUCCCUACAUUUGUUAGUUCCAAAAUGGAUUCCUCUCCUAAAGUAGUCAGAGAAUACACUGACCUAGAAGUAUCCCACAAAAGUGAAAUUGCCAGUGUCCAGGAUAGAGCUGGGUCAGUGCCCUGUACAGAAUUGCCCCGUGACCUUUCUUGCAAGAAUGUACACCCGAAAGAUGAAGCUAAAGCCCGUGUCUCAGAUGAAUUCUCCAAAGAUAGGUCUGAUCCAUCAAAAGAACCCCUCCUGCCUCCAGAUGUUUCUGCUUUGGCAACUCAAACAGAGAUAGGCAGUACAGUUAAAUCCAAAGUCCUUGCAGAAGAAGCUGAGAAAAAACUUCCUCCUGACACAGAAAAAGAGAACAGAUCACCAUCUUCUAUAUUUUCAUCAGAGCUGAGUAAAACUUCAGUUGUUGACCUCCUCUACUGGAGAGAUAUUAAGAAGACUGGAGUGGUGUUUGGUGCCAGCUUAUUCCUGCUGCUUUCACUGACAGUAUUCAGCAUUGUGAGUGUAACGGCCUACAUUGCCUUGGCCCUACUCUCCGUGACUAUCAGCUUCAGAACGUACAAGGGUGUGAUCCAGGCUAUCCAGAAGUCAGAUGAAGGCCACCCGUUCAGGGCAUAUUUGGAAUCUGAAGUUGCUAUAUCUGAGGAAUUGAUUCAGAAAUACAGCAAUUCUGCUCUUGGCCAUGUGAACUGCACAAUAAAAGAACUCAGGCGCCUCUUCUUAGUUGACGAUCUAGUUGACUCUCUGAAGUUUGCAGUGUUGAUGUGGGUGUUCACCUAUGUUGGUGCCUUGUUCAAUGGUCUGACACUACUGAUUUUAGCUCUGAUUUCACUCUUCAGCGUUCCUGUUAUUUAUGAACGACAUCAGGCACAGAUAGAUCAUUAUCUAGGACUUGCAAAUAAGAAUGUUAAGGAUGCUAUGGCUAAAAUCCAAGCAAAAAUCCCUGGAUUGAAGCGCAAAGCUGAAUAAAAAGCCCCAGUCAACAGUAGUCUUGCUGUAUUUUGGGACGGUGCAGAGAAGGCGGAGCUGGAAACAAAACCCUUUUCACAGUUUGUGCACUGUGUAUGGUCUGUGUAGAUUGAUGCAGAUUUUCUGAAAUGCAAUGUUUAGACGAGAUCAUACCAUUAAAGCAGGAAUGAAAAGGCCUGCCUUUCUGGUAUGCUCUAGGUGUAUUGUGAAUUUUACUGUUAUAUGAAUUGCCAAUAUAAGUAAAUAUAGAUUAUAUAUAUCUAUAUCUAUAUAUAGUGUUUCACAAAGCUUAGACCUUUACCUUCCCAUUGCCCAACAGUGCUUGACAUUUCAGUCAUUGGUUAUACAUGUCUAGUUCCAAAGCUUGUAAGCUUGAAAAAGAAAAUAUAUUUCUAGGAGCACUACCAUCUGUUUUUUACAUGAAACAUUGCCACACACAUAGAACUUCAUUGCAAAGACUUAACAGUAGUUAAUUUUGUCACAGACUGAAAUCUAUGGAUUGAAUCUUAAUGCUUCCAAAAAUGUUGUUUGCAAAUAUCAAACAUUGUUAUGCAAGAAGUCAAAAUGAAGACUAUACCUUUGUGGUUAAGCUGUACUGAACUAAAUCUGUGGAAUGCAUUGUGAUCUGUAAAAGCAAAGUAUCAAUAAAGCUUAUAGACAAAA